UCGUCAGCUCGGAAUCGCGCCGGGCCGCACGAGGCUCUUCCAUCUUCUUCCUCUUCUUCCUCGUUCUUCAUUGUGUUGUUGCUCUUCUUCUUGCUCUCUGCGCACGCCAGUGAGGUACGUAGCAGUGCCUGUCGACGAUAUAACAUGAGUGUCGAGUGAAGUGAGUUUCUGCAGUUAUAGUUGUUAGUUUUUGGUGGACGCGCACAAGCGCAUUAUCCGCUACGUCGAAGCGAAAUAUCAACGCACACGCACGGCAUCAAAAUGUUAGUUCCCGCGGAGAUGUUGAGUUCCCAGUCGAAGAUGGUGUACCAGCUUAACAAGUACUUCGGCGAACGCGUCAUGAGCCGCAAGGCUCAGGUGGCCAAGACCAUUCAAGAGGUCUGCCGCGUCGUUCAGGACGUGCUUAAAGAGGUCGAGCUGCAGGAACCCCGUUUUAUCUCGUCGCUAAACGAGUAUAACGGCCGCUUCGAGGGUCUGGACGUCAUCUCGCCGACGGAAUUCGAGAUCGUCAUCUAUCUCAAUCAAAUGGGUGUGCUGAACUUCGUGGACGACGGCACGCUGCCCGGCUGCGCCGUUUUGAAGCUCAGCGACGGCCGCAAGCGCUCCAUGUCCCUCUGGGUCGAGUUCAUCACCGCCUCGGGCUACCUGUCGGCACGCAAAAUUCGCUCCCGAUUCCAAACCCUGGUGGCGCAGGCCUGCGACAAGUGCGCCUAUCGGGACUCGGUGAAGAUGAUCGCCGACACGACGGAGGUGAAGCUGCGCAUCCGCGAGCGCUUCAUCGUGCAGAUAACGCCGGCGUUCAAGUGCGCCGGUCUGUGGCCGCGCUCGGCCUCGCACUGGCCGAUACCGCACAUACCUUGGCCCCAUCCUAAUCUCGUGACCGAGGUCAAGACCGAGGGCUUCGACAUGUUGUCCAAGGAGUGCAUCGGCCUGCAGGGCAAACAGUCGGCCAUGGAGGGCGACGCCUGGGCCCUGUCGUUCCUCGACGCCGAGAACAGACUGCUGCAGGGCGCGAGCAGACGACGAUGCCUGAGCAUACUCAAGACUCUGAGGGACAGGCACCUAGACUUGCCCGGCAACCCCGUGACCAGCUAUCACAUGAAGACGCUGCUGCUGUACGAGUGCGAGAAGCAUCCCCACGAGGCCGAGUGGGACGACAUUUGUUUGGCCGAUCGUUUGAACGGCAUAUUUCUGCAGCUGAUCUCGUGUUUGCAGUGCCGGCGAUGUCCGCAUUACUUCCUGCCGAAUCUCGACUUGUUCAAGGGAAAAUCGCCGAGUGCCCUCGAGAACGCGGCCAAGCAAGUCUGGCGAUUGACGCGAGAACUGCUGACCAACAGUUCGGCCCUCGAGAAGCUCUAGUUUCCUAGUGUUUUGUUACAUGCUCGUGUGCUUUUUUUAAGACUUUGAUUCUGUGAUCAUAUGUGUGCGCGACAAGCGGCGCGUCUCUCAGCGAGUGUCGCGCGCCAAAGUGCGAUACAUAAUAUUGCUAUUACGCAUAAAAAUAUAAAUGAAUUUAUUUAUUUAUUAUCUUGUACUACUUUUAUUAGCGUUUUCGAAUUUUAGUGCCAUAAAUACUGAUUAUUCGAGUGUGUUACGAGGUUCAGUGGAAUUUCUGUUGUUGUGUUAUGUUUAGUUUUCAAUAUGUAAAAUAUAUCGUAUUUAACACGCACGCCCGAAGAAAACACCCUCAAGUCAAAAGAAUAAAGUGUGUUUUCGUUGUUAUAGUGUAGUUACAUUUUCGUGUCAAAUAUUUGAAUGGUUUCGGACUCAAGUGUUGACUCGAUAACAAACAAUCUACGUCAAAGAAUUGUAAAAAAAUGCUUUACUAUUUGUUUUAAAUGUAAAUUAAAGAAAAAUACAUGUUCGAAUCUUCGUUUAAAACUUUAUAAGCGACGGUGAAAAACAUCUGACUGAUUUAUCAAAAAGAAAAAAACAUUUCUAAUUCACUUUCGAUCUAGAAUGUACGGACUUUAAAUAACGAAAAUUGAGAGCUUUUUUAAAAGGUUCUCAAUAACUCAUAGCAAACUCACGUAUUUACUAAGAAUAAAAAUUUUGCUUUAAAAUUCAGUCAUUUUUAUAUACAUGAUAUUUGUAUA